UCUUCUCAGCCCUAGUCUCCUCUCCUCUCCGAUCUUUUUCAUUUCUUCUUUUUCAAUUUUACUGUUCGGAAAAUAAACAAGUAGAAUCUAUACGAGGGAUGUACGUAUUUUUGUACGCGCCCUUCUCACUUAGUUUCUUGGUGAUGCUGCUGCUCUAAUUCUGCGUUCUUUGGGAAACAAACACGUAAAUAGAAAGCAUUGGGGGGAAAAAGUUGUGAAGAUCUGAAAAAGAAUCAUUGAAUAAAAGGAGAGUGUACAGAGAGGAUGCACAACAUUAGACGAGGUGGGGUUUCGAUGAAGAGUAAAUGGUUGAAUGUUUUGAGAUCAUCAUGCAAGGGGUUGGAGCAUAAGCCGUCAAACGCUGUAUCUGAUGUGGGUUUUGCGGAAUUUUCAUCUUUAGCAACUGGGAGAUCACUGAUGAAUGAUUUCUCCAGAAGGGUUGCUCGUCAAGUUGGUGAGAACUGUAUCCUACCCAGAGAUCAGUGGACUAGACGGCACUCUGUGAUUUUUCAGUCAGCAUUUCAACUUGCCAUGAGCACUGGGCAGAAUAUGGGAAGUUCUUGCUUUACUAGAACCCUUGCAUCCAAAACUACAGAGUCAAGCAGACAAAAACAAUCAGAGACUCGAAAAGAGAUAUCCACUGUCGAGGACCCCUUUGAUGCUCCAACAUAUAAUAUCCCAGAGAAGCCAGUGACAUUUACAGAAGGAGCUUCAUAUAGUCUUGUCAUUCUUGCAGGCCUUGGCAUUGCUGCCGCUGCAGCGUAUGGUGUUUUUAAAGAACUUAUAUUUGAGCCAAAGGAGUACAAAAUCUUCAACAAGGCUUUGGAAAGGGUUCAAAAUGACAGCCAAGUUAGAGUUAGAAUCGGAUCCCCCAUCACGGGCUACGGAUCAGAGAGUAGGAAUAGGGCUGCUCGUCAACGCAUUCCCCAUAAAACGUGGACUGAUGAAGAAGGCGUCGAACAUGUUGUGGUUAAUUUCCACAUUCGGGGACCACAUGGAGCUGGGAAAGUUUACUCAGAGAUGUUCAAAGACAAGGUGGAGAAGCAGUGGAAGUUCAUGUACUUAAUUGUUGAAGUCACAUCACCUUCCCCAGCUCAAUUGAUGCUCGAGUCUUACGUUCCUGCCUGAGAGCAUAUACGGUAUGAACAAUUUGAUCUGCUGCAUCGAGAUGAUCGGACACUAGAAGCCAUUCCCGUUAACCAAUAAUUUCAAAUGUUAAUGUUGUCUGAGAUGCUGAAAUCACUACUGCGUGGAUCUUGUUCAGUGGAUAAUCCUUAAAUAGUAUCUGAUCAAUUGAGGCUUUAUUCACUAAGUUUUACUCUUCUUCCAUUUGCGGAACGUUUUUCUCCAUUUCUCUCCGCCGAUUGGUCUUUUCU